AUGCUCAACAGUCACCGCGGAGCAGACCUACUGGGCUACAGCUCCGCUCAUCUCAGGCAGUGCUGGCAGUACACCAGCUUCCCGUCCACGGUCACGCCAACGCCGAGCUCCACUCCAACGACGCCUACUGCCACUCCCGUGCCCUUUGUCACCACCGGAACGGAUGGCGAAAUCAUCUCUUAUCCGUCGCAAAUCAUCACCGACUCGGCGACAGAGGGCGUAGGCACACCUGUGACAUUACAAACCCCAUCGCCCACCCAAACCAGUGGUAAUGAUAAGGGCUCAGGCGAAUGUCACAGUAUCGACGACGCUUGUACAAGAGCCUAUGUGCAGUAUGAGGACGACACAAUCUACUCGUCGUACACAUCCUACACGGCCAAUAUUGAAAGUGGUAUCAUCGUGGAUGCGACGUUCGGCGAGGCGGGAUGUGCCGCGAUGUUUACCUGCGAUAACGAUGACUAUGGUUUCGGCAUGACGGGCCGCCAGAUUAAAGCUGCCGUUGAGUAUAUGUUCGAGAACGACAGUGUCAAGAAGUGCGGAUCCACGUAUCUGUCAAACUUCUGUCAUAUCACGCUCAACUACUGUACCAGCUGCAAAGCCACACAAUGA